CGUUUAUACAUGGAUAUAAUGCUCGACCUCAUGCGGACAAACUGUUUACCUCGUUGGUGCCUCUGACGUCACGACACACCCCUCGCGCGCGUGAGUGAGUGUGCGCGCGCAGCAGCUCGCCUGUGUGAAUGCAGUGGGGUUCGCCUGAUUGAGUGUGUUUUGCUUGUGGAAUGUGAGAGUUGUCCCCACGCGCUUUACGAACAACCGACCUGUCCAAACAGUGCGCGCGUGGCAGAGGAUGUCACACCAACCAAAACAGCGGACGCACGCUCACAGCACAGUCUUUGAUCCGUUAUUGGAGGAAAAUCCGCCGUACAGGGUAGAAUCGGGGCGGGGCGUAAUUACACGGAGUCCCAUCUAUUUAGGGUCAAGUACAACAUUUUUACAGUCCUAACCAGCGUGGGUUCAAAGUUUGUUUUGUCCCCGGAAACUGCGAAUCACCCACAGGACGCGGAGGAAGUGCUUUCAGAAUCGACCGAUAUUUUUUGAUCGUAUUAUUUUGUCUUUCGUUAAUCCACGGACUCGCGAUUAAAUCUGCACGGGAUGGAUUGCAAAGCUGCAAUAGCCAGCGUGAUUUGUUAGCAUCUCGUCGACUAGCUCCUCCAGAGGCUCGACCGCGAGUUACGGGGCUGCGGCGUGGCUGGACGCGGAGCGAGGCGACCCUCUGCGGGCUGCGCUGCCGAGGCGGUGGGCGUGUUUUCUCGGCGUGCUAGCAUGUGAGCUGGCGCCAAGUUCUCGGCGUGAAGAAAACAAGAUUUACAAGUUACGGGCUGGAGCGAAGCAGCAAAAGUCACAUCUCUCUUGAUCGGAAAAGUUGCACGCAGUGAUGGAGUCAGCCGUUAGCACAUCCACUCAAGUGCCAGAUGAGUUUGACCGUAAUGUUCCACGGAUCUGUGGUGUGUGUGGAGACAAAGCCACUGGCUUUCACUUUAAUGCGAUGACCUGCGAGGGCUGCAAAGGCUUCUUCAGGCGCAGUAUGAAGCGGAAGGCCAGUUUUACCUGUCCUUUCAAUGGAAGCUGCACCAUCACUAAAGAUAACCGUCGCCACUGCCAGGCCUGCAGACUCAAGCGUUGCCUGGAUAUUGGCAUGAUGAAAGAGUUUAUACUGACAGAUGAGGAAGUUCAGAGGAAAAAGGAGCUGAUCCAGAGGAGAAAGGAUGAGGAGGCGCAGAGGGAGGCGCAGAAGCCCCGGCUUUCAGAGGAGCAACGCAGCAUCAUUGAUUCGCUUGUGGAUGCACAUCACAAAACCUAUGAUGAUUCCUACUCCGACUUCUCACGCUUCAGACCUCCAGUUCGAGAGGGUCCAGUUACACGCAGUGCCAGCCGAGCCGCUUCUCUUCAUUCGCUAUCAGAUGCCUCCUCAGACUCCUUCAGCCAUUCUCCAGAGUCUGGAGAUCGUAAGAUGAAUCUGAGCAGUCUGUUGAUGAUGUAUCAGGAGCAGGGUUUGAGCUCCAGUCCAGACUCAAAGGAGGAUGAGGGCACUAGUCUUUCCAUGCUUCCUCACCUGGCUGACCUGGUUUCCUACAGCAUUCAGAAGGUCAUCGGCUUUGCCAAGAUGAUUCCUGGAUUCAGAGAGCUGACAGCUGAAGAUCAGAUUGCUUUGCUCAAGUCCAGUGCUAUAGAAGUGAUCAUGCUCAGGUCCAACCAGUCUUUCAGUCUGGAGGACAUGAGCUGGAGCUGUGGAGGACCCGAGUUUAAAUACUGCGUCAAUGAUGUCACGAAAGCUGGACACACUCUGGAACUGUUGGAGCCUCUGGUGAAGUUUCAGGUGGGCUUGAAAAAGCUCAACCUACAUGAGGAGGAACAUGUGCUGCUGAUGGCCAUUUGCCUGCUGUCACCAGACCGGCCCGGGGUGCAGGACCAUGAACGAGUGGAAGCGUUGCAGGACAGAAUAUCUGAGAUUCUGCAGGCGUACAUCCGUGCGCAUCACCCAGGGGGGCGCCUGCUCUACGCUAAGAUGAUCCAGAAGCUGGCGGACCUCCGCAGCCUGAACGAAGAGCACUCCAAACAGUACCGCUCCCUCUCUUUCCAGCCCGAACACAGCAUGCAGCUGACCCCUCUGGUGCUGGAGGUGUUCGGUGGACAGGUCACUUAGCAACUUCACCCGAAUCAGAACAAGAUGUGCGGGUCAAACGGCGUGACCCGGAGGGUUGUGGAGUGAAUGUACGGACAAUCACCUUAAACACAUACAGAGUUUCCAGGACAAAGUUUGUGAGUUGUGUGUGUGUGUGUGUAUCCCUCAUCAUUUACAGAUCGGCUAGGGAGUGCCAUAGAUGUUUCUGUUUGUUUGUUGUAUGUAAGGAGUACAUUCUCAUGAGAAUGUAAUAUGGUCAUGGUGUUUUUCACUGCGGCAACUCGAUACAGUAUAUUUUACUGUACUAUCAAUAGCCAACAGUAUUACACUGGAUGUGUAGGGUGAGUGUGUGAGUGUGCGGUCCUGUUCUAAACCUCUGCAUGGUCCCCAAAGCGCUGUCCACUACUGCUGAUGUCCUGUCUCUUCACCUCCUGCCUUUAAAUGCACAGGGUUAAAAGUACUAAUGCAAGCACACAGCUCUAACUCACCCCCUCGCCUAGCCACUUAACCAAUCAAACGGCAGCUCCGCCUCCCUUUCCUCUGCCUCCAGAGCUCUGAUAUGUCGCUGAACAAUGGCUGUCUUCUCUACUGUUAUUUGCCUGUGCUGUGAUUGGCCAAUAACUUGACACCUCUGCAAAGUGGUCAGUGCAGCAUUAGCGCUCUCCACUCAGCUAACCUGUAAAUAAGACUCAGUAUCUAUAUUCGUACCUUUUCAAAUCAGUGUAAAUAGAGUUUGAUAUAAGCGCUUCUUGUGGCUAAUGGUAGAAGUUAGCAGAGGGAGACCCUGCAGCCCUGGCUGGUCAUGAUAAAUAUGUAAACGAAGACUGCGGUCUAACUGCGCAUUUAUGCAGACAUACAGGAAUCAUGGAUUAUGUUUUAAAGAACCCUUCUUUACAACGUUGUGAAGUCCCUUAGCUUACAUAUUUCUCAACUAUUGCAUUCCAUCAUUCAUUUUUUUCUUGGAAACACUUUUUCAGAGUAGUUCUACUAAUUUUUCCCUAACAAAGUUUUCCGCUUCGUUAGCUAUCAUGAAACAAAAACCUGAAUGCUUUUUAUCGUGUAUUUAAUUUGUUUUUAUUUAUAGUACAUUUCACACAAGAGUUACACUGCUAAAAUAAAAAUGCCUCGGUCAUAUUUCAACCUAAAAUAAAAAAAAAAUCUCCCCAGAUGUAAUUUUAAUUACACUAAUGUGAUAAUGAAUAUCAAUCAUAUUACAAUUAUGUAUUCUUUACAUUUUAAAUAUAUCUUUUUUCCAUCAUUUUACGUAAAUGAGUAUUGUUUUCACAUUAAGGCAUUCAAAAAUAAAUUCUUAAUAAAUAAAAAUAAUC